GAUAUGAACUGGAGGCCGUCAUUACGUGUGGAAACAGAAGUGUAACAACAUGAAAGUUCUGCUGUGUGUGUUGGUGAGCCUGACCGUGGCUCUGGCCGAGAAGCCGCGUCUCGGCGGGGCCGUAGAGAUGACUGCGGACGAGCUGGCCGACCCCGCCCUGCUGGAGAUCGCAAACUUCGCCGUCAGCAGGAUCGACGACUCAACCAACGGCAUGUACAGGUCCAAGCUGGUGCAAGUUCUGUCAGGGAAACGGCAGCUUGUGGCUGGCUACAAGUACACCCUUGAACUGGAAACUGCGACCACUACCUGCUCCAAGAUGAGUAUGGUUGCCCUGGAGGACUGCCCUCUACAUCCUGACUACACGAACCAGCUCUGUCACGUGGAGGUGUAUGUCGUUCCGUGGACCGGGGAGCGCGAGGUUCUGGCUCAGGGCUGCAGACAGAAACCGACCAAGCGCCAGUUCACCUUCGGCGGGUUGCCUGGCGGCCUGGUCCAGGCAGACCCUGCGGACGAUGCUGUCAUGGCAGCCGCGCUCUUCGCCGUUGACGAAAUCAACGCCCAGAGCAAUGCCAUGUACCUGAGCAAGCUGCUACAUGUGCACACCGCUCAGACACAGGUUGUAGCAGGUGUGAACUACCACCUGCGCCUGGAGAUCGGCAAGACUGUGUGCACCAAGGGUGACAAUCAGCUCCUGGCAGACUGCGAGUUCGACCCGAACGCCCAAUUCGAGGUGUGUGACGUGAUUGUGUGGAGCCAGCCGUGGGAGAACUCCCUGCAGCUGCUUAGCACGCAUUGCAGCUCCACGCGGUCCCGGCGGCAGCUCAUGCCGGGCGGUUUUCUGACCGGAGGACUGCACCCCACCAACCCCACCAGCCAGGAGGUGCUGGAGAUGUCAGCCUUCGCAGUGGAUACCAUCAACGAGCAGAGCAACUCAAUGUACCUCAGUAAACUGGUCCGCGUCCACAGUGCCAGCACGCAGGUUGUUGCCGGUACCAACUAUCACCUGGAACUGGAGAUCGGAGCCACCAGCUGCUUCAAAGGAGACUCCGUCAGUCUGGAGGACUGCGACUUCGACCAGAACGGACGGGUUGAGAUCUGUAUGGUGAUUGUAUUCGACCAACCCUGGACCAACACUCGCGAAGUCACUUCAAUGACCUGCAGACCUAAGGUUGGUGCAAAGCGGCAGCUCCUCAUGCCAGGAGGACUGAUGGCCGCAGACGUUAACAACCAGGACAUCCAGCAGUUGGCUCUGCUGUCCGUGGACCACGUCAACGCCAUGAGGAACAACCCCACCCUCAGCAAGCUGGUGGAGGUCGUCAGCGCGCAAUAUCAGGUUGUGGCAGGUCUGAAGUACUACCUGACGAUAGAGAUCGGCACCACCGGCUGCUCGAGCAGCGACAGCGCCGUCCAACUGUCCGACUGCAUGGUCCUGCUCGGAGGCGGGCGCGAGACGUGCGACGUGGAAGUGUUGGACCAGCCGUGGGUAGGGGAGCCACAGGUCCUGUCCUUCUCCUUGACAAAAAUGCAUCCGUCCGUGGUGUUUUUGGCGCUGACAGUGUUUGGUGCGAUGGAAUGGAGUGUUUCAGCAAGGAUCGGCCUAAGUGCUCAGCAGUCACCACACCUGGACCUAUUUGAACAGUUCACUGUGCAGUACAACAAGCAGUACAACAAUACUGAAGAGUACCUGAAGAGGUACUACGUGUUCCAAGACAACUUCAAGAAGGCAAAACGUCUGCAGGAGACAGAGCAAGGCACAGCCAAGUACGGAGUAACUAAAUUCAUGGAUCUAACUGAGGAUGAGUUCAGGAGGUACUACUUGACACCUGUGUGGAAAGCCCCAGCCAAGCCCCUCCCACCUGCCACCAUCCCUAGGAAGGACGGUCCUCAGGCGUUUGACUGGCGGGAUCAUGGUGCCGUCACUGAGGUCAAGGAUCAGGGCCAAUGUGGCUCCUGCUGGGCCUUCUCUACUACUGGGAACAUUGAAGGCCAGUGGGCCAUCAAGAAGGGGAUUCUUCCUGAUCUCUCUGAGCAACAGUUGGUGGACUGUGACAAACUAGAUGAUGGUUGCGAGGGCGGGCUUCCCUCACAGGCGUAUGAUGAGAUCAUCAGGAUGGGCGGGCUGGAGUCAGAGAAGGCGUACCCCUAUGAGGCUGAGGAUGAGAAGUGCCACAUGGAUUAUUCCAAGGUGCAGGUCUACAUCAACAGCUCUGUCAACAUCUCCAAGGAUGAGAAUGAGAUGGCAUCUUGGCUGGCCGAGAACGGACCCAUCUCCAUUGGGAUCAAUGCAUUCCCCAUGCAGUUUUACAUGGGAGGGAUCUCCCACCCCUGGAGGAUCUUCUGUAACCCUGAAGAGCUGGACCACGGUGUGCUGAUCGUGGGAUAUGGAUCCAAGGAUGACACACCCUACUGGAUCAUAAAAAACAGUUGGGGCAAGAACUGGGGAGAGGAGGGUUACUACCUUGUGUACCGCGGGGGCGGAGUGUGUGGACUCAACACCAUGUGCACAUCCUCCGUAGUCCUGUAACACAACUGUCAUCACCACCACCAACAUCAUGCCAACUUAUCCAGAAUCUGUGUCACCCUUACAAUAUUCUGUGCCACUUAAGUGAAUAGAUGGACCCAAAACAUGGAGAAGAUGAUGGUCAUAGAAGGGUCCUGCUGUAGUAUAGUUGGUUGGAAAUGAGGUAGUUUUGUGUGUUUGUGAGUGUGUGUGAGUGUGUGCAACUGAUAGUAAGAGUGUUUAGUUAGCAUUGGAUUUUUAAUGCUGUAAUAGGAAGGUGAGCUUUUGAAUGUACAUUUUUAAUAUCUCUUAGAAACUGAACUAGUUAUGAUGUUUAUAUAUUUACUUCGUAGCAUGUUCAGGCUGAAUUUUUGUACAGCAACUGUGGCUGAAGAACUGCCAUCAACAUCAGGAUUGCACAUAUUUUGUCAAAACAGGAUGAUUGCAGCACAGUUCCAUGGAUUGUCCUGUUUGGCCGAGAUUCUCAAACAAGCACUUUGCAUGAAAUCCAAGGGAGAAAGAAAUAUGGUCUUGACCCAUGUCCCCAGUGCUCCCCAUAUCCCAGGGGAGGGAUGUGUGUGACUCAGGUUAAAUUGUGCAGAAUGAGUGCAUCCUUCUCAGGGGAGUUGGCUGUCAAAUCAGUCAUACAACAGACCACGCCAAUCCUAACCUGUCAGCAAGGUCAACAGCACAGUUUUCAGUACCAGGGACAUUUUCAUAUGAUGUGUAGCCAGGAUUUUUAAUAUUGUUGAUUUUGAAGUACAAAUUUGUGCUUCUAAUU